CAAGAUCAUUACAACCUAAUCCACAUUGAUCAUUACAAGAUCCAAACUUGCUUACGUCUGCAAAUACCAAGAAUGUUUCUCAACUCUCUGCAGCUGUCCCAUUUAACACAGACGCAGAAGCUUCACUAAACACUGAGGCACAGAAGAAUGAAGCCAGAAGUAGGUGCAGAUCAUGAUCAAGAACCAAGAGAGAACAGAGGAGUUUCGAUACUAGACCUCUUUCUCAGAAUACUAGCUAUUAUUGGGACUCUAGGAAGUGCUGUGGCAAUGGGAACUACAGACGAGACGCUUCCCUUCUCAACACAAGCAUUCAUAUUCCAAGCUCAAUAUGAUGAUAUCCCAGCUUUUAGGUUCUUUGUGAUCGCGAAUGCAACAGUAUGCGGAUAUCUUGCUCUCUCGCUACCAAUGGCCAUCUAUCAUGUUAUCAGGAGAGGAGCAGCUAAGAGCCGGGCUCUGCUGAUCUUUCUGGACUCGAUAAUGCUAGCUGUACUAACUGCAGGAGCCUCAACAGCAGCAGCUAUUGUGUAUUUAGCACACAAGGGGAAUGCUUCAGCAAAUUGGGUAGCCAUAUGUCAGCAGUAUCAGAGCUUCUGCAACCGUAUCACCGGAUCUUUAAUCGGCUCUUUUACUGCAGUUCUUAUCUUGAUUCUGUUGAUCUCUUUGUCAGCUUUGGUAUUAUAUAGGAAACCAAAGUGAUGUUUUUCUCUACAAAAACCUCUACUAAAAAACUAUGUCAUCCUGGUGUAAUAUUUCAAUAAAACAGUGCCUAUGGCUAUACUUCCAAA